AUGGCCGCGCCGCAAUUGAGAGUCAUUGGCGGCCUUGCGCGCAGCAUGCGCGUCUCCCGCCGCGCCUUCAGUGUAUCCGCCCGUCAGCUCGAAUCAACCGUCCCGACGACACGAGACGAGUUCAAGACGCCCACCAAGGCCGGCGACUCCCUCCCUGUCGAGAUUGGCCAGGCUCCCAACCGCGUGGAGGUCUGGUCCCGAAACCAGAAGCCGCGAACCACCGCCAUGACCGGCCCCCGAUUCGAGCAGACCGACUUUGAGGUUCAGCCUCAACCUCUCUCUGCUAUGGAGAUGAUUCACAAGCAGCCCGUUCGAUGGACUCACGAUCGAAUCGUUGUCUGCGAUGGUGGCGGCAGCGCCGCCCACGGCCACCCCAAGAUCUUCAUCAACACCGACAAGGCUGAGAUCGCCACCUGCAACUACUGCGGGACACCUUUUGCCAACGAGCAUCACCGCAAGCACCUCGAAUCGCUCCCCGCGACGUCCUAUCCUUUGUCAUAA